GAUUGAAGGCAUUUUGUGAUGUGGUUGAGCAGAAAGGUUUGAAAGAAAGAAAACUCAUUAUUGAUUGUCCAACACGGUGGAAUUCAACCUUUAAUAUGUUGUCAACUGCUUUGAACUUUAAGAUUGCAUUUGCAUCCUACAAAGAAAGAGAGCCUCAUUAUGCUUAUGCCCCUUCGCUUGAAGAAUGGGACAAAGUUGAGAAAGUUUGUAAACUGCUAGAAGUGUUCAAUCGUGCUACUCAUGUGAUCUCAGGUAGUGAGUAUCCGACUGCAAAUCUGUAUUUGUCAGAAGUCUGGAAGGUGAAAGAAAUACUUGAUAUGGAAAAUGAAGAUGAAGAUCUCUUUAUGAGAGAGAUGGCAAGUCCAAUGAAAUUAAAAUUUGACAAAUAUUGGGGAGGAUGUAAUAUGUUGAUGGCUAUAGCUAGUGUUUUGGAUCCUAGGUGCAAAUUUCAUAUGGUGCGUAUAUGUUUUCCCAAAAUAUAUAAAUCUAAAGAAGUUGUUGAUGAGAAUAUAAAAAAGGUCAAGCAUUCACUUGAAGAGUUAUAUGAUGAGUAUGUAGCUAUAUCUUUGACAGAGUCUUCUUCUUCUUCUUCUGCUAUUAAUUUGGAUAAUAGUAAUCAAUCAUCAUCCCAAGUGAAUAUUGCACCUAUCAGAACUGGAUUUGAUGAGAUUAUGAGUAUUAUUCAAGAAAAUGAAGCCAUUCCUCCAAUAAAAUCAGAAUUGCAAGAUUAUCUUGAUGAAGGUAUUUACAUUCCUAAAAGUAGCUCUUUUUGUGCUUUGGAUUGGUGGAGGAACAAUAGCAUGAAAUCUAAGAUAUUGUCAAAGAUGGCUGCUGAUAUACUAGUUAUUCCAAUCUCAACUGUGACAUCUGAGUCCACUUUCAGUGCUGGAGGUAGAGUUAUAGAUGAGUUUCGCUCUAAACUAAAUGAAGAAUCUGUUGAAGCUCUCAUUUGUGGUGGAGAUUGGUUCCGCCAUAAGUAUAAUGUGAAGAAAAAAUUAAAGGUUGAAAAAGAGGAGAUAUAUAUCACCUUGAAGAUCUGA